AGUGGGGAAGUGGUAAGAGAGUCAGCUGGUUAUGACCGAUGUCGUUGCUAUGUAUAUUGUGUCGUAUUUCUGUAAAUUUAGUAGUAUAACUUAAUUUUUCCCCCACUUCUCCAAACAGAAUCUGUGUAGCGUAGUAUAAUUUUAAAGUAGUAAUAGAUAAAUUAUACAUUUAACUCUUGGGUUGAUCGAUGUUAGAACGCCUGCUAAUCAUGAUUAGCUAGGCUAGUAGUUAAGAUCGUCAUCGAGAGUUGUCUCAGUUAGUCUUUGUGAAGUGACAUAUAUAAUUUGUCCGCAUUAGCCCAUUCACUUCGCUUAUUAAUUACCUAUGAUACUAUGACUUAGUGACCUCUCAAGGCAAGCUGAUUUAUCAUUUACAAUCGAAUGUACUAUUUGAAAAUAGGCAGGGCUGGCAGGGGAAAUGAUUAGCUAGCUUGGUGGCUAGCUAGCUGUAGCUAGCUGUUGCUGUUCUGGACGUCGUUUGCGAAUGUCAGCUUUAAAUAUGAAGACGUGGUUUCUGCUUUCAUUGCUUCUCUGUACAACACGCGAGGGAACGGCUGAAGUAGAAGAACUGAAUGGCAGAACCGAAGCCGAGUCAGCUGAGAGUAAUGAUGCAGGAGAUGCCAGAUCAGCUGAAAGGCAAGCGGAGCCCCACAGGAGCAAUACAUUUCAGGGUGAAGCUGACACAAGGUUCUCUCAGUCAGAAGGUGGGGUGGAGGCAGAGGAUCUUCCCUCUCAGCCAGCCCCCAAACAGGAGAAGCCAAAAGAAGUUCCUGUAGUGAUUGGAGGCACUGCUGAAGGAGAGCCAUGCCUGUUUCCCUUCUUGUUCCUGGGGAAGGAGUACUCCGAUUGUACCACUGAGGGACGGGGUGAUGGCCGCCUGUGGUGCGCCACCACUUACGAUUACGAUCGUGACAAGAGAUGGGGCUUCUGUGAAACGGAGGAACAGACAGAGCAGAGGCGCAAGGCUGAGGAAGCAGAGGAGAUAUACCAGAAGGCGGUCAAGAUCCUCAGUGGCACCAGCAAAAAGAGCCAGAAGAAAGAGGAAGGGUGUUUCCAUUGCCUUUUUGUGUCUAACUUCAGGGUGUAUGAAAAGUUGAUGAAGGCAGCCGGUAUGGGCCACAGCAAGGCCCUGGAGAAGGUGGCUUAUGCAAUGCUGUUCGGGGACUAUAUGACCCAGAACAUUCCACAAGCCAAAGACCUGUUUGAGAAGUUGGCCCUUGAGGGUUCGCCCAAAGCACAGACGGCUCUUGGCUUCCUGUACGCAGCUGGAUUAGGGGUGAACUCCAGCCAGGCAAAGGCCUUAGUUUAUUAUACCUUUGGGGCCUUGGGUGGAAACCUGGUAGCGCACAUGAUUCUGGGAUACAGAUACUGGGGAGGCGUGGGGGUUCCUCAGAGUUGUGAGUCAGCUCUAACACACUACCGGCUGGUGGCCAAUCACGUGGCCAGUGAUGUGUCACUGAUGGGAGGCAGUGCAGUGCAGCGGGUGAGGCUGUUGGAGGAAAUGGAGAACCCCGGGUCUACCAGUGGCAUGCUGGAGGAGGACCUCAUCCAGUACUACCAGUUCCUGGCAGAGAAGGGUGACGUGCAAGCACAGGUGGGCCUGGGUCAGCUACAUCUGCAUGGUGGUCGAGGUGUGGAGCAGAACCAUGAGAGAGCCUACGAAUACUUCAAUCAGGCAGCAAAUGCUGGCAACACCCAUGCCAUGGCUUUUCUUGGGAAGAUGUACUCAGAAGGCAGUGAGUUUGUGCCUCAGAACAACGAGACCGCCCUACAGUAUUUCAAGAAGGCAGCUGACUUGGGCAACCCAGUGGGUCAGAGUGGACUGGGUAUGGCCUACCUGUAUGGAAGGGGUGUCCCAGUGAACUACGAACUAGCUUUAAAGUACUUCCAGAAGGCAGCAGAGCAGGGCUGGGUAGAUGGACAGCUGCAGUUGGGGACCAUGUACUACAACGGGAUCGGCGUGAAGCGUGACUACAAGCAGGCACUGAAGUACUUCAACUUGGCAUCACAGGCAGGUCACAUCCUGGCUUUCUACAACCUUGCCCAGAUGCACGCCACAGGCACUGGUGUUAUGCGGUCCUGCCACACAGCAGUGGAGCUGUUCAAGAACGUGUGUGAGCGUGGCCGCUGGUCAGAGCGGCUGAUGAUGGCUUACAGCAGGUUUAAGGAGGGUGACUCAAACUCAGCUGUGGUACAGUACCUGCUGUUGGCUGAACAGGGCUAUGAGGUUGCCCAGAGCAACGUUGCCUUCAUCCUGGAUCAGACAGAACAAGCCACCAUCUUCAGUGAGAAUGAAACAUACCCCCGGGCAUUGCUGCAUUGGAACCGAGCAGCGGCUCAAGGCUACACGGUGGCCAGGAUCAAACUUGGGGACUACCACUUCUACGGUCGGGGCACAGAUGUGGACUACGAGACAGCAGUCAUCCAUUACAGGCUGGCCUCAGAACAGCAGCACAGUGCCCAGGCCAUGUUCAACCUGGGCUACAUGCAUGAGAAGGGCCUGGGCAUCAAGCAGGACAUCCAUCUUGCAAAGCGUUUCUACGACAUGGCUGCAGAAGCCAGCCCAGAUGCUCAGGUGCCUGUCUUCCUGGCUCUGUGCAAGCUGGGCCUUUUGUAUUCUCUCCAGUAUCUGCAGGACGUCAGUGUGAGGGACAUUAUGUCCCAGGUGGAUUUGGACCAGCUAUUGGGGCCGGAAUGGGACCUCUACCUCAUGACUGUCAUUGCCCUGCUGUUGGGCACUGUCAUUGCUUACCGCCAGAGGCAGCACCAGGCCAUCCCACGCCCAGCUCCCGCACAGCGUGCCCCGGCAGAACAGCCCCAACAGCAGUGACAUAGCGGAACAGUCCUCAUUUGGGAACUCCAGCCUCAAGGAAGACAGUGUAGAUGGCUGUCUAGAUGCGAACUAUUGGCUUUUUUUUUUUAAAAGCUUGAGGCCAACAGUAAAACAAGUGGAAGCAGGAAAGAUUAAGCCUCAAUCUGCUUGACUCAGGGUUUUGUCAGCUAACCUCUUGCUUUGUGACUAACUUAGAAUAGAAAAGGAGUUCUGCAAUCACCUGUUAGAAGGAGCUUUGUUUGGGAACUUGGAGUUUCUUUCUUGGCAGUUUUUUUGAAUUGGGUACAGUGAAGGACCUGUUCCAAAACUCUUGCAAAACUUCUUCUGUUCAGGUUUGUGAGCUGUGGUUUGAAAGACUUCAGGAUUUAAACUCAUUGGGCUCUCAUGGGUGUUUUUAAUAAAAAGGGGUUGUGCUACCAGAACUCAGUCAUACCACCAUUUUUUUUUUUUUUUUUUUUUUUUUGUUUUGUUUUGUUAAGAAUGGACAUUGAAGUACUUGCAUUGUUAUGUGUUAGCUCAAUAAAGGAACCUUAGAAAUGGAGGAUUUGUGUGGAUGUAAUCUAUAUGGCAUUAGCUUGCCAGCCAAGUAGCACAUUAUGCAUGUAUACUGCCUUGCACCACA